AUGGGGAAGAUCACCUACCGCGACGGCAUUGCAAUCCUCCAGCUCAUCAUAUUCCCCAUCAUCCUCGUUGCCGCCAUUUUCAUCUGGAAGCGAUCAGGCUGGAGGGUGGGCGCCAAGAUCUGGCGAUUUCCGGUUAUCCUCUCGCUCAUUCGAAUUGCUGGCAGUAUUUGUUCGUUGCUCUCGAUCAAUAACAACUCGUACAACAUCGAAGUGGCGGAGGCAGUAUGUCAGCUGAUCGGUCUCGCCCCUUUGCUGCUAACCUUUAUCGGACUGCUGCGUCAAAUUGAUGUGGAGGAGAAAAUGCCGCCAAGGCCGAUGAAAUUAGUCACGCUAAUCACUAUCAUCGGCCUUAUUCUCGGUAUCACUGGCGUCAGUAUCAGUGGUUAUCCACCUGGGAGCAUCACCAAGGCCGCCAUGGGCGUCUUCCUCGCCGUCUUCGUUCUGAUCCUCGUCCUGAGUGUCUGGUUAUUCUUGGGACUCCGCGGCUCACUGCGACAGUUCCAGAAGAAACUCUUUCUCGCCAUUGUCCUGUCAACUCCCUUCUUGGUGGUCCGGCUGAUCUACUCGGCCCUCGGCGAUUACACGACUCUGGAUAGGUUCUCCCUGUACGGAGAUCCAACCGUCUAUCUGUGCAUGGCGGUGCUGGAAGAAAUCAUCGCCUUGGCAAUCACCAUGGUCUUGAGUAUAAUGGCGGUCUUGGAGCCGGAUUUUGUCAAACUCAUCCCUUCAUCCAGGGAGGAUCCGGAACAGAAGCCCGAGGAGGUGGACUUCUAA